AUGCAAGAUAUAACCACUGUUGCUCCAAUUCCAAACCAUGGGAAACUAGAUUCGUACCAGACAAGUAUGUCCCAUGUUGAUGCUAGAGAAACUGCUGAAUCGUAUGAGAAUCGCAAGGCACGAAAAAGAAAAUGUCGUCAAGAAGAAUGGCAACAACACAUCCAGAAGCAAAAAAGAAAUUGUGGCAAAGCUUAUAUCUCUAGAGGUGACAAAAAUCAACCUGCUAGGGAGAUGGGGCCUCCUUGUGCAGGCAAAAAUGCAUGGCAAAAAUGCACAUCACACAUUUCUUCCACUGAAAGAGAUGCAAUAUUUGUUCAGUACUGGGCAACAGGUUCAUAUGAAAGCCAACGAGACUUCAUUGUUCAAAACGUGCAGGAAGUUCCUACAGGUACUUGCACAUGUAGCAAAAACAAGAAAGGGUCACGUUCAAAAUGCGCAUAUGUUUAUCACAUGCCACUGAAUGAAAGAAAGGUACGUGUGUGUCGGAGGUUCUUUCUAAACACUCUUGGAGUUUGGCAAAAAACAGUGGGCUACACCUUAAAGAAAAAGUAAGGAUUCUUUUGCGCCCAAAACAAGAG